AUAAAUAUUCGCGAUUCGAAACAAAGCAAUCAUCAGUUCAUCAAGAGCUAUCACAACGAGCACAAGUGCACAACACAAGCAAAUAAGGAAAACAACACAUCAAAAUGUUCAAAAUCCUCGCCCUCAUUGCCUGUCUGGCUAUCGUCGCCUCGGCCCAGUACCAUGGAGUGCCCGAGCACAAGGAUUACCACGAUCAUCCCAAGUACAAGUUCGAGUAUGGCGUGAAGGAUCCCCACACCGGUGACCACAAGACCCAGUGGGAAGUGCGCGAUGGCGAUGUCGUCAAGGGACAGUACACGCUGCACGAGGCCGACGGUACCGAGCGCGUGGUUGACUACAAGUCGGACGGUCACAACGGAUUCGAGGCUGAUGUCAAGAAGGUCGGACAUGCCCACCACCCGAGCCAUCCGGUCCAUGCUCCAGUGCAUGCUCCAGUCCAUCAUGCCCCAACUCACGCCCCAGUGCAUGUGCCGGAGCAUCAUGUCCACCACGGAUACUCGGGUGCCAGCUACGUCAACGUCGAUAAGCACUACUAAGUGAUUACCACCGGAACGCAAACGAACCAAACCAAAAUGUGAUUUAAUAAACAAAAAGCAACAGUUGCAGUAUGAACAUGCAAACCACAA